CUCUGUAUUCUAGCAUCUCCAGGAGCAGAUACAUAAGGUUCCAUCCUGCUUUCCCCAACAAUGACAAGGAUGACAAUUCAGUGGGUGACAGCUCUUUUCUUUCUGGGUGUUGGCUGCAGUGUCCUCGCCACUAAAGUUAACAAGCACAAACCUUGGAUUGAGACAUCGUACCAUGGAGUCAUCACAGAAAACAACGACACCGUCAUUUUAGAUCCACCUCUGGUUGCCUUGGACAAGGAUGCCCCGGUACCCUUUGCAGGAGAAAUUUGUGCGUUCAAGAUCCACGGCCAGGAGACUCCUUUUGAGGCUGUGGUGUUGAACAAGACAUCGGGAGAAGGACGUCUGAAAGCAAAAGGAUCAAUUGAUUGUGAACUACAGAAGGAGUAUACAUUUAUCAUCCAGGCGUAUGACUGUGGAGCUGGUCCAAGUGGUGCCAAUUGGAAGAAAUCACACAAGGCUGUAGUCCACAUACAAGUGAAUGAUGUUAAUGAGUUUGCUCCAGUAUUUAAAGAGAAGACAUACAGAGCCACGGUGACCGAGGGCAAGAUUUAUGACAGUAUCCUACAGGUGGAAGCAAUGGAUGAGGACUGCUCCCUGCAGUACAGCCAGAUCUGCAAUUAUGAGAUUGUUACAAGUGAUGUGCCGUUUGCUAUUGACAGAAAUGGUAACAUCAGAAAUACAGAGAAGCUGAGCUAUGAUAAGCAGCGGCAGUACGAGAUCAAAGUUACUGCGUAUGAUUGUGGACAGAAACAUGCCACCGAGGAGGUCACCGUCAAAGUGGACGUUAAGCCUGUGUGCAAGCCUGGAUGGCAAGAUUGGGAGAAGCGCAUUGAGUAUAACCCUGGAUCUGGAAGCAUGGCAUUAUUCCCUGGUGUUCACCUGGAGACCUGUGAUGGACCUGUGUCUUCAGUCCGAACCAGCAUUGAAUUGCAGAUCAACCGAAAUGGCAAAGGCUGUCAACGAGAAACCUUCACUGACACAUCUCUGCAGGCAUUAUGUGGUGCCUCUUCUGGUGCCAUUGACCUGCUACCAUCUCCCAGUCCUGCUACCAACUGGACAGCUGGUCUGCCGAUGGACAACAGUGGAAUGAUCUUCAAGUUUGAUGGGAAACAAGGUGUGAAGAUCCCAGAUUCAAUUGUACCAAAGAAUUUAACUGACCAAUUUUCUAUCACUUUGUGGAUGAAGCAUGGUCCUAGUCCCGGACUCAGAGCGGAAAAGGAGACCAUCCUAUGCAAUUCUGAUAAAACAGAGAUGAACCGCCAUCACUAUGCAUUGUACAUACACAACUGUCGCCUUGUAUUCUUGUUGCGUCGUGAUUUUGAUCAGGCUGACACCUUUCGACCGGCAGAGUUCCACUGGAAGUUGGAUCAGAUUUGUGAUAAAGAAUGGCACUACUAUGUAAUCAAUAUAGACUUCCCAUUGGUGACAUUAUACAUGGAUGGAGAAACAUAUGAGCCAUACCUGGUGACCAAUGACUGGCCCAUACACCCUUCGCAUAUUGCCAUGCAGUUGACUGUAGGGGCAUGUUGGCAAGGUGGAGAAGUUACAAAGCCAAAAUUUGCUCAGUACUUCCAUGGAAGUAUUGCUGGCCUAAUGCUACGCCCUGGUAAAAUUGAAAGCCAAAAGGUGAUUUCUUGCUUGCAAGCCUGUAAGGAAGGGCUGGACAUCAAUUCCCUGGAGAAUUUAGGUCCAGGGCUAAAGUAUCACUUCAAUCCAUCUCAAUCCAUCCUUAUAAUGGAAGGUGAAGACAUUGACAGUAUAAAUCUAGCACUCCGCAAGGUCUCGUAUAUCAACUCUCGACAGUCGCCAACUCCUGGCAAAAGACGGAUAAAAGUCUCAUCCAAAGUCCAAUGCUUUGGUGAAGAUGUGUGCAUUACAAUCCCAGAUAUUGAAGCAUACAUCAUGGUUCUUCAGGCUAACGAGCCAAAGAUCACAAUCAGUGGAAUGGAUCAUUUUGCACGGCCAUCCUCAGAAUUUGAGAAUGGAAACGGCGUGAUUUUGCUGCCAGAUAUUAAAAUUGUCAGCACAGUCACCAAAAUGGAAAAACGCUUGGAUAAGAAGAGCGGAAAGUCCUUUAACCCCGUGGUGGUAGAGGAGACUUUGCAUCACCUGGAUGUCUGUGAUAUUUUGGUCAAUGGGGAUGAGCUGAACACUAAACAGGAGUGUUUGGAGCUCGACUGCAUGGCUUUAACAGGGAAGAAUCUGGAUGCUACCAAUUCAACAAAGGGAUAUUCAAUAUAUGGUGUGGACACAAUGAAAAGCUACGAGGAUGUAUUAAGGCAGGUGCGCUAUCGGAGCUGGGAUUCAUCUUCUAUGUUUGGACGCAAAUUCAAAGUCAAGUGUUCCGAACUAAAUGGCCGUUAUACCAGUAAUGAGUUUAACCUUGAGGUCAACAUACUGCACAAUUCAAAUUUCAUGGAACACAUUAAUCACAUGGCAGUACAACCACACUUUGUACAAUCUAUCCAGCAGCCAAGCACUGACCUCUCAGGGCAUGAAACAAGGGUUUCUCCAGGUGCCACUGCGAUUGUUCUGGUGGCUUGUGUCAGUGUCUUGGUUAUAAUUAUAGUUCUUGGGAUCUUCAGACUGCGAUCAGUUCACCAGCAAGACAUUCAGGGAAAAGAAACCGCAAAAGAGACCGAUAUGGACUGGGAUGACUCUGCCCUGACUAUCACAGUAAACCCUAUGGAGAAAUAUGAUACAAAUGUUACCGGAGAAGGAGAGAGUGAAGAAGAAGAGGAAGAAGAAGAGGAGGAGGACGCCGAAGAUGAUGAGGAUGAGGAAGAAGAGAGCACAAGUGGUGACUCUGGGGAAAGUGAGGAUGAAGAUGCUGAAAGCCAAUUAAAGGCAAAGCAACACAAUGCAGCAAGGAGAGGAAAGCUGGAAUGGAGUCGUUUAACACUCACGUACUAAUGAUUUCUUCUUCUUACUCUUCCUUUUGUAAACACAAAUCUUAUUUAUUUCAGAGGCAAGUUAGUUAAAGACUCUGGAUUCAGUGACAGGAAUACCAUUGAUGGGCACUGAGCUCUUCAGUUGUUGGCAAAAGACAAAAAAGAGUGGCUAGUCAUAGUGAAACCUUUUGUAGUUUGGUGGUGUCUUGCAUACAGGUAGGAAGACAGGAUGUGCACUAGAUUUCAAGGGAUCUGAAUCAGGACUAGAAUCCCAAGUUGUCAACAGCUGCCAAAAAUUGGCUUUGAACUUGGCAGCACUGUAAACCUAUUUGCUUUUGGCUGAGACUGCAUAAACUGAAACACGGCUUUUUUUAAUACAAAAAACAAACAGAAAUAGGCUUCUGUGGCACCUAACUAAAAAAGGUAAUUCUAGGUCAAUAUAUUUGAAAAGUUAUCCUCUUCUUGAACUACUUAUAAGGCUAUAUUAACUAAACAACGCAGAGCUUAUAAUAUGUUGCAGCCUCUUCCAAUAGCCAAGGGGUAAUACUUACAUGUAAACGUCAUGAAUACAAGUCAAAUGUAUUUUGAUUUGGUUAUGCAUGCAAGAUAAAACCUUGAUCAAUGUCCUGUCAAUCAAUCCAUUGAUUUUUUUUGUCAAUGCUAUUUUUUCAUACAAGAGAGAUUUUGGUUAUUGAACUGUACCUAGUGUCCCCGUCGAUUUGUUUUAUAACAAGGCUCCGUUCCGGUCUGAGGCCAGACCAAAUAAGGUUGUAAAAUCUUCUGAAUUUCAGUUUCUUGGGAAGUAUUGUUUAGAAUUUUUUCAACCUCUGCUUAUGCAUCUGCGCAUGUACCAAUGUGAAACACACACAACAGAAAAUGUCUCAAUGUUAAUCAUAUGUCUGUGUAUAUGGCUGAUUUUAAUUUAUGAGAAUGAUACCAAAAUGAGUGGAAAAUGCUAUUUUUUCUAAUUUGUAUAUACAGCUAUGAGUCCUCCAUAAACAGUGAUCUAUUCACUAAAACGA